CGGGGCAGCCAUUUCUCAUACUUGGUGCGUCUGGAUCUGUGGAACAGUACAUCGUUCAGUUCGCGAAACUUGCCGGUUUUGCCCCAAUCGUAGCCACUGCCUCCCCGCACAAUGCGCCCCUUCUUCUCCCCCUCGGCGCAACGCACUUUUUUCGAUCGGCACGUCCCGCCGUCCUCUCUGCUCGCCGAGAUCGCAAAGAUUACCUCUGCACCGCUCGAGCUGAUGUUCGAUGCCGUGCCAUUCCCGCAGGCGCAGCAGGAGGCAUACGACAUCCUCGCUCCGGGAGGGACUCUCUUGCUCGUGCUGCAGCUGAAGAUCGAGGUUAAGUCAGACGAGCGGAAGCACGCGGUGAAGGUUUUCGCGUCAGGAUAUGUGCGUGAGGAGAAUCGGGUUAUCGCGUCGAGCUUAUUUAAGGUGCUUUCCGGUCUACUCGAAGAAGGCGCUAUGAAG